AUGAGCAUUUCAGUCUUCUCCAACCUUGGAUUUAUCCGCUCUCUCAACGUCCUGCUUCUGAUGUUGACUGGUUUGAGCUUGAGCAGUCCCAUCAGGCCUCCUGAAAACCUUCACAGGGUAUCAGUCGGUAGGGUUGUGGGUGAUAAUCCGCUACUUGAUGCACAGCACUUUCUGAGCCAGUUUCUGUCCACGAUAAACCUGACGGAGCUGAGGCCCCAGACCAGGCCUCUCGCCGCCCGCCAGGAGCCACCAGAGUACAUGCUGGAGCUCUACAACCGAUUUGCCUCUGACCCCACUGCUGUGCCCUCAGCCAACAUUGUGCGCAGUUUCAAGAACGAAGAUUUCUCACCAGACAGUAUAACGACCAGAGGUGUAAGGAUAUUCCCCCUGCUAUUCAACAUCUCAAUGAGCCACCAUGAGCACAUAACAAUAGCUGAGCUGAGCCUUUUCACCCUGUUCCAGAAGGCCCUAAGACCAAAUGCUGGCAUUGACUGCAAGGUGACCAUCUACGAAAUACACAAGGGCGUUGUUUGGACCAAAGAGGUGGGGAAAGAAGGGAGAAGGAGGGAUACAGAGGAGGUGGUGGAGACGAAGGAUUUGGAGGAACUGGUGACAAAGCAUAUCCGUGCCAAAGAUAACAGCUGGGUGUCGUUUGAUCUGACUCAUGUGGUCGCACUCUGGUGGAAGUCAGGGUGUGCAACUCACAGACUGGAGGUUCAUAUUGCAAGUCUGGGGUCAGAAGAGGAAAGGGCGGAACAAGAGGUCACAGAGCAGGGCGAGAGGUUGGUCGAGGUUGCCAUCAACAGGAGCUUUGAGGGGAAACACAAUGCAGUUUUGAUCGUAUUCUCAGAUGAUCAGAGUAGAGACCACAAACAGGAUAAGCAAGAGCUCAACCAGAUGAUUGAGCACGAGAAUGACCUUCCUGAAAACGUGGGCCGGAGCCAACAGGCUUUCUGGGGGCACGGUAAUCACAACGCUGGCUACGUCGACCAGGACGAGCGGGACAAACAGUCUCUCGUGCAGCUGCAGUCCAACCUUAUCUAUGAACCCCCCCGAAUCCGUCGCAAUGUUAAGAGCGAGCCGUGCAAGAGGACCCCACUCUUUGUGGAUUUUAAAGACAUUGGCUGGGAUACGUGGAUCAUCCAACCUGUGGGCUAUGAGGCUUACGAGUGCAACGGCAUGUGCAACCCACCAAUGACCUCCGAGGUCUCGCCUACCAAACACGCAAUAGUGCAGACACUGCUGAGUGCUAAGAGUCCAGAGAGAGCAUCGCGUGCCUGCUGUGUACCCACUAAGCUGGAGCCUAUCUCACUCCUUUAUCAUGACAACGGGGUGAUCACUUUCAACCACAAGUAUGAGGGAAUGGUGGUGGCCGAGUGUGGCUGUAGAUAG